AUGACGACCACCGCGCAAGGAUCGGGAUCGCUGGAUAAUCUACAUCUGGCCCCGCUUCGUUCGCUAAGCGAUUUCCUGCUGGAAUCGGCCCGCUUUCAGCUACCCAACUUCCAGGACUGGGAAAAGUGGGGUAACCGGGUGGUGAACAAUUUGCUCUACUACCAAACCAACUACUUCCUGAUGAGUGCCGCCGUAUUUCUUCUCGUUGGAUUGAUCCACCCGAUGAAGGUGUUGCUUGGGUUGACGAUCAUUGUGGCGCUGGUGUACGUGUUUGUUCGCUUCUUUGCCCAGGAUGCACGCCGCUCGGUCGGUGCCGAUCCAAACCAGCAACCGAACAAGUGGGUCGUACUGGCUGGCACCAUUGCCGGCAGCUACCUGGUACUGUACCUGUUUGAUUCUGUGCUGAUUGUAGCAUUUGCCAUAUUGCUUCCAUUCUCGCUUACUUUCGUGCAUGCAUCGUUGCGGCUGAGGAAUAUUAAGAACAAAAUCACCAAUGCAGUGGAAAUCGUUGGCGUGAAACAGUCACCGAUGGGACAGUUUCUGGAAGCAAUGGGUUUGAUGCCAACGGCAUUUUAA